AUGCAAGCUCUGAUUAAUAAUACUGCACAGCCGCCAAGAGUAGUUCAUCAGCCACCAAGAGGAUGGGGUGAGGCCAGAGGUGGUCAUGGUUUGGGCCGUGGUCAGAGAGCACUGGACAGAGGUGGUGAUGGCGUCGGGUCUAGUUUAUGCUACACGUCACUGAGAGGAUUGUGGUGCUCUAGACAUUAUUACGGAGAUGUUCCUCUAGAGGUUCAAGGAGUUAUCUUCUUAGCUGAUCUGGUGGAACUGUCUUUUGGAGAAGUUGAUCUGAUACUGGGAAUAGACUGGUUGGUUAAACACCGAGUGAGCUUAGAUUGUGCUACGAAAAGGGUUGUACAGAGAACUGCAAAAAAUAGUGAGGUUGUCAUAAUUGAGGAGAGUCAGAACUACUUAUCGAAUGUGAUUUAUGCAUUAAGGGCCGAAAAGUUGGUUCGUAAGGGAUGUGAGGCGUAUCUAUCUCAUAUCAGUGUUUCAGAUUCUGGGGAUUCUUUGGUUAAGGAUAUUAGGACGAUUAAGGAGUUUCCGGAUGUUUUUCCUGAAGAGCUAUCUGGGUUACCUCUGAAUCGUGAAGUAGUGUUUGGGAUUGAGCUCCUUCUUGGUACAGUUUUGGUGUCCAUCGCCCCGUAUAGAAUGACACCGGAAGAGCUUGUGGAGCUUAAGGCUCAGAUUCAAGUGCUACUGGAUCGGUAUUAUCGACGAUUUGUAGAGGGUUUUUCACUGAUUGCAGCACCCUUGACUAAGCUAAUAUGUAAGGGUGUGUCAUUUGACUGGACUGAUGCGCAGCAAGAGAGCUUUGAGAAGCUCAAUAUUGUAUUGACUGAGGCCCUUGUUCUGGUACAACCAGAGUCUGGAAAGGAGUUUACUAUUUACAGCGAUGCGUCACAUGUCGGUUUAGGAUGUGUGCUGAUGCAAAAGGGUAAAGUGAUAGCAUAUACGUCUCGUCAGCUUAAGACUCAUGAGGCGAACUAUCCGACGGAUGACUUGGAGUUGGCCGCAGUAGCUGAGAGUGGGAAUACCGAGGAUUUUAGACUGAAUAGUGAAGGGGUACUCUAUUUCUGUGAGAGAAUAUGUCUUAAACGGGAGGUUACUGAAUUUGUGGCCAAGUGUUUGACAUGCCAGCAGGUUAAGGCUGAGCAUCAGUUACCUUCGGGAUUGUUACACCCAGUCAAGAUUCCAAUUUGGAAGUGGGAGAGAGUGACUAUGGACUUCGUUAGUGGGUUACCCCUCACAACUACUAAGAAGAAUUUUGUAGGGGUCAUCGUGGAUCGAUUGACCAACGUCGCCCACUUCGUACCUGUUCGUACCGACUACUUUUUGCAGAAGCUAGCUAAAUUGUAUGUGUCUGAGAUAGUGAGACUGCAUGGGAAGUCUUACGCCGACCUGAAGCGUCAAGAGAUUGAGUUUUUAGUGGGAGACUUCUUUUUUCUCAAGGUCUCGCCGUGGAAGAAGAUUCAGGACGUGUUCUACGUCUCUAUGUUGAGGCACUACCGCUCUGAUCCCAUGCAUAUUGUUCCUGUUAAGAAGAUCGAGGUUAGGCCAGAUUUGACCUUUGAGGAGGAGCCAAUUCAGAUAAUGGAGUGA